AUGGCGCGACUUAAAGCACCAGCUUCUGCGCACAAAAAUUCUCGUGUCCUGCCGAUUGCCGCCGAUCACAGCGCCCCAUGUCCAGCGCUUGAGGCUGUGGCUGCUCGCCCGCGACGUCCGCAACGGCGGCCGACCAAGCAAGUGUCGUAUGAGCUUGCAAACCACGCAAAAGCCUAUCUCGAGGCCGGCCAAUAUGUCAGCGGCUAUGGCCUCCUUCACAGCCUCCUCGCUGCCGGCACCAGCAUCUCGACGCCCGCACAGCCCUAUCUCGGUUAUCUCGCACCACCCGCCUACAUUGCCUUUGCUUCGUCCGUAGUCGCGGAUCCAAAAUUCACGACAAAGGCGCAGUCGCAGGAUACGACAAAAGGCGCAGAUGCUGCUCUGCGAUACCUGCAAUGUGUGCGCGACACAAUAGACAGUCCCGCGUACCCUGUCAUCCGUAAGGCCUUUACGUUCCCCGAAGAGCGCACCAGGAGACGCGCCCCAGGUCACAGGAGUGGCGCCAGCCCCUCGCCCGAGCCCGGUGGAGACAUUGAGCGCCUAGCUGGCGACGCUGCCAACGAGAAGAGCCUGUGGUAUCGCGCAGAUGACUUUUGGCAUAUUGUGGGAUGGGCAUUCAACUGUUCAGCGGUGCACAAGAAGCGGUGGAGCAGGUGGAGGCUGUGGCUGGAGAACAUGCUGGACUUUCUCGAGGCCGACUGGGAUGUUUGUGCCCGACAGGGCAAAGAAGACGGCGUCAACGAGGAGACGGCGUUACAGGAGAGCCUGCUUUGGCACUACAUUAUUGGCGAUGAGUUUGCGCCGACGAAUCGCGCACGGAGGCGCCGCAUAGUCAAGGCCCUGCUGGCGACGGGGACACCCGAGUCGCUCAAAGACUAUCCUGAGAUCUGGGAGCAUGAGACUGCCGAGCCGAAGCGGAACAAGGACGAAGACCAGCGGAUUGGCGAGGUCGACUUUGAGACUGGAGACAUUGGGGACUAUGCCAGUGACGAUGAGAUGCAGGAUACAUCCGAGGACAAGGAUUCUGAGGAUCUAGCAGAAAACCCCUCGAAUACACGCGACGGGGGUCUGCAGACCAUAGACGAGGCUGUCGAGUAUCUGGGCGGACAUGGUGGGAUCCAACUGCGACAGCGUCUCAUCGCUUUGAUUGCACAAGCAGCUCUUGCUCUGCCGACCUCGUUCACGCGACUAUUUGACUUCUGCGAUAACAUCCUGGAAGAUCUGCUCCAGUUGCCAGCCAUUGUCUUCGAGAUAUUCCUCCCCACUAUGAAAUUGCCCGAUAACAUGCAAAUCGCCUUCAAUGCCAACCUUCUUAGUCCUUUGACCAGCAGCAAGCCACCCAACUACUUCCUCGUUUAUCCUGCGCAAGAACAUUUUGAAGAGAAGCUUCUUCCGCUCAAAGGAACGACGCAGAGUUUUGCCGUCAACGCCAAGAUCUCUCUUAUCCUGGAGCAAAUGUUUCUGUACAUGAUGCAGCAAGAUGCACUGGAACCCACCAAAGCCCUGCGCAAAGCUAUGGAAACGGGUAUCGAGGCGCGUGGGAGCGUCUUGGGCAUUGUAAAGGGCAGGAAGGGAAAUGCACAGGAGGAGGAACAGGCCAAGGAAUUGAUGCAGGCAUGUGCAGAGAGACUGCUGGGGUUGUUGGAAAUACUGGAGAUUUCGGCGGGUAUGCCAGCACAACGGGCGCCGAGGAGGAACAGGCCAGGUAUAGCUUCGGCGUUUUUGUCCUUUGGCUCGGGAUCGUCGCUUUCGCCUGCCCCGGAAAGUGAGAGUGAGCCUGAGGCAUGA